CCGCCCUCCGCUGCGGACGUGGGCUGCAGGCCCCGGGCGGUUGCCAGGCGCGCGAGCGAGCGGGCUGCGGGCAUGGGCGGUCUGCGGCUGCUGGCGCUCGCCCUCACGUGCAGCUGCUGGUGGCCGCAGGGCGGCCAGGGCAAGACCCUGCGGGGCAGCUUCAGCAGCGUCGCGGCCCGGGACGCCCAGGGCCAGAGCAUCGGCCAUUUCGAGUUCCACGGUGACCAUGCUCUUCUGUGUGUCAGAAUCAACAACAUAGCAGUGGCUGCUGGGAAGGAAGCUAAACUCUACCUGUUCCAAGCCCAGGAAUGGCUAAAGCUUCAGGAGAGCAGUCCUGGGCAUGGCUGUAGUGAGAGGUUGUCCAGAGCUCAGUUGACAAUGGCCAUGAACCAGACAGAACACAACCUGACAGUGUCCCAGCUCCCAGCUCCCCAGGCUUGGCAUGUGUUCUAUGCGGACAAGUACACCUGCAGGGAGGAUGUGGAGAGCCCCCAGGGGGAAGACGUCCCAUUUGAAAUGGUGUUGCUAAACCCAGAUGCUGAAGGAAAUCCAUUUGAUCAUUUUAGCGCUGGAGAAUCUGGGUUACAUGAGUUCUUUUUCCUCCUGGUCCUAGUGUACUUUGUGACUGCUUGCAUUUAUGCCCAGUCACUGUGGCAGGCCAUUAAGAAAGGAGGACCCAUGCACACGGUCUUAAAAGUCCUUACGACCGCAUUGCUGUUACAAGCCGCUUCAGCCUUAGCUAAUUACAUUCAUUUCUCCAGGUACUCCAAAGAUGGAAUAGGGUUACCUCUUAUGGGAAGUCUGGCCGAAGUUUUUGACAUUGCCUCCCAGAUCCACAUGCUGUACCUGCUCCUGAGCCUGUGCAUGGGGUGGACAAUGGUCAGGAUGAAGAAGUCUCCAAGCAGACCCCUCCAGUGGGACUCGACCCCUGCUUCCACGGGCAUUGCUGUAUUCAUUGUCAUAACCCAGAGCAUUUUGCUGCUUUGGGAGCAGUUAGAAGAUACUCGUCACCAUAGCUCUCAUUCUCACCACAGCUUAGCAGGGGUGCUUCUGAUCGUCCUAAGAAUUUGCCUGGCACUGUCGCUGGGCUGUGGCCUCUACCAGAUCAUCACCAUGGAGAGAAGCACACUCAAGAGGGGGUUCUACAUCACAUUCGCCAAAGGCUGUGUCUUGUGGUUCCUGUGCCAGCCAGUGCUUGCCUGUGUUGCUGUAAUAUUUAAUGACUACCAAAGAGAUAAGGUGAUUACAAUCGGUGUUAUCCUUUGCCAGUCUGUUUCCAUGGUAAUUCUGUACAGACUCUUCCUGUCCCACAGUCUGUACUGGGAAGUAUCCUCACUUUCCUCAGUGACACUACCACUGACCAUUUCAUCUGGACACAAAAGUCGCCCUCAUUUCUGAUGCCCGACCUCUGCG